UGCACAUAUUGAUAACUAAGCCUUUCAUCAGGCUUAUCUUAUCCUUGUUUCCGUUCAGCAAUCAUAUUUCGCAUUGGAAGCUGUUUUGCACAUUUGAGAAUGUACAAGUGGAGUUUGACGAUAUAUGAACAGUUGAAUUUCUUUUUGAUGCAUUUGAAAAAUUUUUAUAAAAUAUUGUUAAAAACAAAAGAAAAACCGAAGAAAGUGCCUUCUUGGACUAAGCUCUAGGUAUGGAUAGAAAAUAUAUAAAAAAUUUUGGACCCCAAGGCAUUGAACAUCCUGGAUGUAAAUUUCAAAUCAAACUCCUCAUCUUAUGCCUACUCAAAGGUUUCAAAAGCGACAAGAAAUUCAAACUAUCCACGGGAAAUAAAAACGCUCCACACUUCAAUGAUAUAAUAUUCGAAACCGUAUAUGGUGAUAUCUUGAUGACCAUCCAUUAUAAAGAUAGCACGAGAACAAAACCGUUAAACUAUCGACAACUACUUGGCCAAGUGCAUACAUUAGAUAGUAUAUAUGACGACCUUUAUUUUUUUUCUCAAAUCAACCAGUCCACGUUUCGAGUACGGAGCGUUCGGUACGUAACCAACAUACGAGUAUCCAGAAGUAAAAUAAUGAAGAUUUCGUUUCCUUCCAAGAAUGUCGAGAUGGACGAUGUAUGUGCCUUGAGGGAUGAGUAUUAUAUUCUUGGGGAGAAUUGUCAAGAAAUAUUGCGUAAAGGAAACCCUGAUACUUCCGAGGAACAUCUAUCAGAUUUUUUAUCUAAAUUUCAGCUGGUGUCCAUUUCCGAAAAAAUGGUCAACGAAGAAAUCCGAAGAAUUCUCGAAAAAAUCGAAAUCUGCGAUUCAGAGUAUUUGCCUGUAGAAGAAACAAUUUAUUAUCUGGUAGAGAAAAUCACCCGUUGGUUCUCAGAUCUAAGAAGCAGCCCAUUGGAAAACCAUCAUGCCGCUGCUUUUUUGAGUGAGUUCAGAACUUUGAAUUUUUCGAAUACUUUAAAACGUUAUAAUAUCACUUUUAAAAAAGCGGAUGAACAGCACACCAAUCGUGUACUUCAUUUGGUAAACAAAAAACAUUACGUACUGUCAUUGCUUAAAUUUUAUCAUAAAGUGUUCGAAGCACCAAAUAACUGGAUAUUUGUUGAUCCAGACGAGAGACUUUCCGUUAGAAGGGUCAUAGUAGAAGCGUUUUUGAGUCCAGAGAAUCGUUUUCUCGUUGUCCCCAUUUACGGACAAUCUUCAUACGGUGACUUGCGAAUCGACGAGCUCCUACAAGGAAUAUCUAACUACGAGUAUAAACGGAUUGCGUUUUUAUCUGACCGUGACAGUUUAUCCCAAAACGUCCCGAACAUUCGCAUUAUCGAAUCACGAGUUUCUUUUGAAGACCUAGAAGAAAAUUGCAAGAAUACAUUUCUCGAUGCGUCUGUAGAUUUUCAAGGGAAAUACUUUAGUUUGAGGGAUGUUCUUGGGCCAGAAGGGAAUGCUAAUGAAAUUAUCGACGAAGAAACGCUUUUGAAGCUUUCGACAGGCGAAAAUAUCAAAAUCGAGAAAUUAUACAGAGAAGAGGACAUCGGAAGCCUUUACAUAGAUAGAAGUUUCGUCAGAGAUGAAAAAACUUUUUCAGAAAGGGAUUUGUGUGAUUUAGUCGUGUCAGAAGACGAAAAUAAAUUUAUUUUAAUUUCCGAAGACGCCGGGAUGGGAAAAAGCACGGCGUUAACGAGAAUCACAAGAAUCUUGAACGAACAGUCAUACCCCCGUUUCUGGGUGAUCAGAUUAGAUUUCAACAGAUAUGCCAACGUAUUUCGAAAAUUGACUCAAGAUACCGCCAAACCGAUUGAAAUAGAAGACAUUCUGAGUUUCGAGCGCCCCAUUUUUCAAAACAAUUUCGACAAGAGCCUCUUCAAUGUUACGAAUAAGGUCUUACUUUUGAUAGACGGAGUGGAUGUAGUCAGAUCGUCUCACAAGAAUCGGGUAUUACAGUUUUUGAAAAAUACUGCCGACAGAACGAAUAUAGCCAGGAUCAUUAUCACCACCAGACCUCAUUUGGAGAGUUUACUAGAAGAAGAGUUGCGAGUGAGCUGUUUCAAGUUGAAGUUAUUUUCUUCCGAAGAUCAGAUCAAUUUCCUCGCCAAAUAUUGGAAAUUUAAUCUGGAGUUAUCGCAACGAGAUGCGUUGAGAGCCAAGUUUUAUGCUAGAAACUUAGUGGAGAAAUUGUAUCGCAAAAUAGGUAAGGCGUCAUUAGAUUUCGUCGGAAUUCCUCUUCAAACUAAAAUGAUCGCAGAAAUCUUCCAAGAAGGAGGUAGAUACAAAACUUCCGAAUGGAAAGGCUGCCGAGAAUUUCUGAUCUCGGAAAAUAUAUCAGCAGAGAUGAGCGAAGAUAUUAACAUCGCGCGACUGUACGAAAUUUUUGUGAAAAAAAAGGGAGAAAUUUUCAUAGACGACAAGUGCGAACCUCGAGACCACGUCGUCGUCGAAGACGUGAUUCAGAAUCUCUUCCAAGAGGCGCUCGAUGUUCACAAGAAAAUAGCACUCGAAUCUGUCCUAGACUCUGAAAAGUGUAAACUAUUCGCCGUGUACCGAAACACGAAUAUCGCUCGUUUAAAGCAGUACCUUCAGAACAUGGGCCUCGCUCAAAGGAUAGAAACCUCGUGGAUCUUCGUCCACCAAACCUUCGCCGAAUAUUUCGUUUCUUCCUGCUUGUGGGAGGAGCUCAAAACUGGAAAUGAGCUCUGGCCUUUUCUUCACUUCCUGGUGAGCAAUGUGCUGGUAUCGCCAGAAUUUUCGGUGGUGAGGUCGUUCCUCGAUAAUAUUCUGAUGGAUGUGCAUAUUCCAGAGGAGAUUCUGUCCGCUUGCGGAAGUAUCGUAAGUCAGAUUUCUUGGCACCAACACAGGAACAUCGUGCAUUUAGCCAAAGAAGGUCGACUCAAUAUUCUAAAGUUGCUACUGGAAAAAUGUAACACUCGUUCGUAUCUGCUGCAGAUCGAGAACAUACACGGCGAGAUGGCGCUCCACGAAGCGGUGGAAAACCCUCCGAUAUUGGAGUAUUUGGUGCUUAGGGGCGCGAACGUCGAUAGAGCGAACUCACGCGGUCAGACGGCGUUGCACAGAGCCAGCGAAAAAGACGGUUGCACCGACGCAGCGGAUUUUCUGAUUCGCGCAGGCGCGGAAGUCGAUAUCAAGCUCAAAGACGGCAGAACGCCAUUGCAUUGCGCCGCUCAGAAAAAUUCGUUCAAGGUAGCCGCCAUUUUGAUCGCUGGCCAGGCCGAUUUGAAUGCUACGGAGCAAACGACGAUGAAGACACCUCUGCACCUGGCCGCAGAAAAUGAUUCCUUGGAAGUAGCCCGGCUACUGAUCAAAGCUGGAGCGAAAGUCCUCGCCAGGACGGGGAACCAGCAGACUGCUUUGGAGCUCGCUCAGUUAAGCAGAAGUUCCAGGAUUAUCAAAUUACUGAAGGAUGAACUUACAUCAUGUUAACCCUAUCAACAUUUGAAAUACUCUCAUUUGAUUGAAAAUUGUCAUAUUUUUUUCAUUACCAACCAUUAUAACAUUACCUGCUAUAAUGUUGAAUCGUUGUAGUUACUCAUAGGAUAUUUCUGUACCCCGGAUGUAUAGAAACAACAUGUUGCAUUCACAAAAUUUCACAGAAGAGCAAUUAUAAAAUUUAUUACAUGCUGUAUUCCUCUAAGAAGAGGUGGACUUGGUUGUAAGUCGGCAAAUUUUGGCAUCGAACAUGGUGUAACAUACCACUUGAUAGGCAGCCAGCAAAAUUUCAACAUAGUCGAUUCAAUAAUUCAAUUUUGAAUUGAAAUGGACAUGGGGUACAGAUUCAAGAAAACAAUUUUUCAGAAAAAUUUACAAACAUGAUAUUUUGUAUUUUUCAAGAGUCACUUCGAGGCAGUUUUCAACCAAAUUGGUUGGUGAAAUACCCAAAGAGAAUAUUAUAUUUUUGUUGAUUGGAAAAAGUGCUUGUUUUUGUAUUUAUUCUUCGCCAGAGGUUCCUGGUUCACCUUUAUUAAGUCCAAUCAAUGUUUAUUAGUCCAGUAACCACAGUGAAAGUAAUGAAAAUAGUAAAAAUUAUAAAGUACAAGUUUGUUAGUAGUGAUACCACAUUUCACUUAUUAUAAUCAAGUUUUACAUUGCACAUAUUGUGGACACAUUAAAAUAUAUUAUUAACAACUCAUUCAAUUUACCCCAAAAACACUAACUUUUUGACACUUGUUUCUAUUAGUGCUACUUCAUGUUAUUUCAGUGAUAUGUUGUAAUAUUCUUUGGAAAUAAAAUUUAUUUAAUUAUUA